AUGACCGACAACGGGAGCUCCAGAAUUGACACCCCCACCAACAUCUCUCUGAGUCCCAGUGACGCCAUCUCCGAGUCGUUGGAGUACAAGACGGUGUCGGUGUUCCUGGUCCUGCUGGUGUGUGGCUUGGGCAUCGUUGGGAACAUCAUGGUGGUCCUCGUGGUCCUCACCACCCGUCACAUGAGGACACCAACCAACUGUUAUCUAGUCAGCCUUGCCAUAGCCGACCUUACGGUGCUGGUGGCUGCAGGGCUGCCCAACGUGUCGGACAGUCUGACAGGCACAUGGGUCUUUGGCCACGCCGGCUGUCUGGGGAUCACUUACCUUCAGUACCUGGGCAUCAACGUGUCCUCCUGCUCCAUCACUGCCUUCACUGUGGAGAGGUACAUAGCUAUCUGCCAUCCAAUAAAGGCUCAGACAGUGUGCACGGUGUCCCGGGCCAAGCGGAUCAUUGCCGUGGUUUGGAUCUUCACCUGUGUCUACUGCAUGCUGUGGUUUUUCCUGGUGGACAUUCAGGUCAGCCAGGAUGGACAUGUGCAGUGUGGCUACAAAGUGAAACGGGAGCUCUACCUGCCCAUCUACCUCCUCGACUUUGCCAUUUUCUACGUCAUACCGCUGCUCCUCGCCAUCGUGCUGUAUGGCUUGAUAGCACGGGUCCUCUACCUCAGCCCUCUGCCCAACCAUUGUGACAACAGCGCCACCACACUGCGUCGGAGCUGCAGGGAAGCCUCUGAAGCGGGGAAGGGAGGUCGCCCGGCCCGGCCAAAGAGCGCACUCUCCUCCAGGAAACAGGUGACAAAGAUGCUGGCAGUUGUGGUGAUCCUAUUUGCUCUACUGUGGAUGCCCUACCGGACUUUAGUUUUGAUCAACUCUUUUGUGUCCACGCCUUAUCUGGAUGCCUGGUUCCUCCUGUUCUGUCGGACAUGCAUCUAUGCCAACAGUGCUAUAAACCCUGUGAUAUACAACGCUAUGUCUCAGAAGUUUCGCUCAGCAUUUCGCGGGCUUUACCGCUGCCAGCGACCAGAGGGAAAUCAGAGGACGCUGUCAAUGAUCCAGACAGGCUUCGGCACCAUUAGAGACCCCCUAGCCGCCCAGGCCAAUAGCAAUGGAACCAAUGAAAACGCAAGGAGAGACCUCUUUAAUACUGCCACUGAUAUGAAUUCAAAGCAAAAUGGAAGUGGUCGUCAGGAGACAGCAACAGCCAAUAGCAAGAAAGUAGACCGUCCCAUCAACAUCAGCCCAGCUACUAGCUUUGGUGUGUGUCCAGCUGAGACGACGUCAUCUGGUGAUGAGUAA